ACAUCAAUAAAUUUAGUUCAGUUUUAAAUUGAAUUUUAAACAUAUUUUAUAUUAAAUUAAAAUAUUUAAAUAAAAAACAAAACAGUUUGUUAUCUAUGGCUUUUCGUGGUAAAAAUGCUGUUGUUACUGGUGGUUCCAGUGGUAUUGGAUUAGAAGUUGCAAAACAAUUAUUGGAUCAUGGUGCUUCUCAUCUUGCAAUUAUUGAUAUAUCCGAAAAUCUUGAAGAAUUAUGUAAAAUGAGAGCUGAACAUCCAGCUCAAUCAUUAAUUUUUAUUAAAAUGGAUGUAUCAAAUCGUAAAGGAAUUGAAGCAUCAUAUGAAGAAAUAAUUAAAAAUAUUGGUCAUAUUGAUAUUGUUAUUAAUAUUGCUGGAAUAUUUAAUGAUUUAGAUGUACAACGUACAAUUGAAGUUAAUAUUGGUGGUAUAAUUAAUUCUACACUAGCAGCCAUGGAUCAUAUGUCAUUUGAAAAAGGUGGUAAAGGUGGUAUAAUUUGUAAUAUGUCAUCAGUUGUUGGAUUAGAUCCAAUGUUUUUAAUGCCAGUCUAUGCUGGUACUAAACAUGCUGUACUUGGUUUUACACGAGCUUUAGCCAAUGGAUAUUUUACUGAAAAAACUGGAAUAAAAUUUUAUGUUGUUUGUCCCGGUGCAACAAUUACACAAAUGUUUACAAAUUUUACAGAAAAAAUUAUUGAUCCAGAAAUGGGUGAUGAAGCAUAUCGUGUUUUAGAUCGAUUACAUAAACAAAGUUCAGCUGAUGUUGCACGUUGCAUUAUGGUAUCAUUGGAAAAAAGUCAAAAUGGUUCUGUUUGGAUAAUCGAAAAUAAACAAUUGUAUCCAAUAAAAAUGCAUAAAUAUUGGGAUCAUAUUGCUGAAAAACUGAAAGUUGCAAUUAUUGAUAUUGCAGAGAAUCCAGAAGCAAUUUGUCAUAUAAGAAAUCAAUACGAAAAUCAAAUUUUAAUAUUUAUAAGAAUGGAUGUUUCAAAUAGAAAUGGAAUUGAAAAUGCUUAUAAAGAAAUUAUGAAUAAUUUUAAAACAUUGGAUAUUGUUGUAAAUGUUGCUGGAAUAUUUAAUGAUAAAGAUGUUAAACGUACAAUUGAUGUUAAUGUUGGUGGUGUUGUUAAUUCAACAUUUGUAGCAAUGCAGCAUAUGUCUAAAGAGAAUGGUGGUAAAGGAGGUAUCAUUUGUAAUAUGUCAUCAGUUGUUGCAUUAGAUCCACUAUUUUUAUUACCAGUUUAUUCAGCUACUAAAUGUGCAAUACUUGGCUUUACAAGAGCCUUAGCAAAUGGUUAUUUUUAUGAGAAAACUGGAAUAAAAUUUUCUAUUGUAUGCCCAGGUGCAACAAUUACACCAUUAUUUAAUAAUACUCCAGAUAAAGUAUUAAUACCAGAUUUAGAACCGGAAUCAUAUCGUUUAUUAGAAAAAAUGCCUAAGCAAAGUUCAGCUGAUGCAGCUCGUGGUAUUAUAGGUGCAUUACAAAAAACUGAUAAUGGUUCAGUAUGGAUAAUUGAAGAGAAGAAGCUUAUACCAGUUCAAAUGGAAAAAUAUUGGGAUAAUGUUACAAAUAAAUUGGCUUAAGAAUUAUUCCCAAAUUAUUAUGUGCAAUUAGUAUUAAGAAACUCAGUUGCGAAAAUAUUUAAAUAUCGCACAAUUUGGUGUAAUAAUUAUGUACCUACAUACUUAUAUUUUUUUUUUCAAAAUGUAAACAUUUUUUUCUGUUAAAUAAAGCAUAAAAAUUUAUUUUUAUUUUGCAAACAAAACCAUGUACCAAAUAUAA